UUGCAGCAAUACCCCAGGCAAAGCAGGCAAAGCAGGCAAAGCGUGCAGAACAGGCCCGAAUGAAUGAGGGGGAGCACUGCGGCAUAUGCACAUCACCUGACGAUUGUUACCUACCUUGGCCCUAGGGAGGUACGCCGGAGAUUAUCCAUAGGCGCGAACAAGCUCGAGAAUAAGAAGCAGGGGCAUCCCGAGGUGAUCCAGGGCGACCAAAAAAAAUGGCCGAUUUGUAGUUUGCGAACCUGGUCGGUUUUUUCAUGUUGACCAUCGUUAGUUACCUUAGGGUAAAAGAGGGCGAGCACCGCGGCUGCUGAACUCCAGACCAUCUGACUCUGUUGAUUCCCAACAGCACAAGCAGCAGAAGAAGCGAAAGAAAGGCGACGAUCACUAUGGAUCCCACCGCCGAGUCGUCGGCCGACGCCCGCACCAAGCUCGCGUACAAGAACCGAUGGCACACCGUCCUCAGCAACCCCAAGAUCGUGGUGAUCGCGCUAUUCGCCUCCUUCGGCGGCUUCGAGUAUGGGUACCAGCAGGGCGUCCUGGGCCAGUCGCUGGUCAUGCACCGCUUCAAGGACAACUUCCCGUCCGUGGUCGAGUCGUCGAGCGCCACGGGCUGGCUGACGUCCAUCCUCCAGGUCGGCGGUAUCAUCGGGUCCGUCUCGGCUGGCGUGCUUGGUGAGGUGUUCUCGCGGAAGUAUACCAUGUUUAUGGCUUGCCUCUGGGUUAUCCUCGGGAGUUAUCUGUACUGCGGCGCUUCUUACCAUAACCCAGCCAUGCUGUAUGCCGGGCGGUUCUUUACUGGUAUUGGUGUUGGAACAUUCAGUGGUGUCGGACCCCUAUACAACGCAGAGCUGUCUGCCCCCGAGCUCCGUGGAUUCUUGGUAUCAUUCUACCAGUUCGCCACCAUCUUCGGCAUCAUGUUGUCGUUCUGGAUCGGCUACGCCAGCAACAACAUCGGCGGCCAGGGCGACACGCAGACGAACCUGGCCUGGCAGCUGCCGACCAUCAUCCAGGGCAUCCCCGCCGUGUGCCUCGCCCUGGGCAUCUGGUGGCUGCCCUUCUCGCCCCGCUGGCUGAUCAAGCAGGACCGCGACGACGAGGCCAUCGCCACCCUGGCAUACCUGCGCAGCCUGCCCGCCGACAACGAGCUGAUCCAGGUCGAGUACCGCGAGAUCAAGGCUGAGUGCCUGUUCGAGGAGAGGCACUUUGCCAAGUCGUUCCCCACGCUGGCGGCCAAGGAGAAGAAGAGCGUCUGGACGCGCCAGCUGGCUGAGUACUGGAAUAUCAUGAGGUCGUGGGAUAAUGCCAAGCGUGUCGCUACGGCGUGGUUGGUCAUGUUCUUCCAGCAGUGGAGCGGAAUCGACGCCAUCAUCUACUACGCCUCGAACGUCUUCCUCAGCCUGGGCAUGUCCAGCACCACGCAGGCCCUCCUCGCCACGGGCGUCACGGGCGUCGUCUUCAUGGUCUCGACCAUCCCCGCCAUGUUCCUCAUCGACCGCGUAGGCCGCAAGCCCCUGCUGAUCUUCGGCUCGGUGCUCAUGUGGGCGUCGAUGGUCAUCGCGGGCAUCAUCGUCAGCCAGUUCUCGCGCGACUGGACGCACCACGCCGACGCCGGCUGGGUCGCCGUCGCCUUCAUCUGGGUCUACAUCUUCGCCUUCGGCUUCACGUGGGGCCCCGUCAGCUGGACGCUCGUGUCCGAGAUCUUCCCGCUGUCCAUCCGCGCCAAGGGCGCCUCGUUCGGCGCCUCGUCGAACUGGGUUAACAACUUUGCCGUCGCGUUCUUCACGCCGCCUAUGCUUGAGGCCUGGGAGUGGGGCACGUAUAUCUUCUUUGCCGUGUUCCUUGCUAUCGGGAUCGUGUGGGUGUGGUUCUUCAUCCCUGAGACCAAGGGCGCCACGCUCGAGGAGAUGGACCGUGUCUUUAAGAGCCACUCGGGCGAGGAGGACGCCCGGAUGCUGGCUGAGGCUAGGAGGGAUGUUGGGCUGACCCAUGAGUUGGAGGUCACUGCUGAGAAGGCUGUUGUUGCGGAGAAGGAUGUUGGUACGCCUUCGCAUAUGGAGGAGGCCAGCUCUCGCUAGAAUAUGGCGCGGCGAUUCAAAAAGGGGUGGGGUGAGCGCACUAGGAAGAGUCUACGUCGGAGUCUGCGGUGACUUCGAGCGCUUGACUGGCCGGUGUUCGUGACGGGGACCGCAAGCCAUGCCCAUAUAUGCCCUUCGCCCGCUAUGGAUGAGGACAUGCAGGCUGUGGACAUUGCGUUCCAAUUCUUGAAGAUGCCUAGAUACCCAGUAUGAUUUCAGAAUGAGAAGUCACACAUGC